UAUUGUUACAAUGAUGAAAAUAAUGAAUUUUUAUUUAUUUCUGAAUACCAAUUAGAAAAAUAUCAUCAAAUUUAUAAUAAAAUUAAAAUUAUUAAUAAUUUGAAAGAAGAUAAUUUAAAUAAUAAUGAAUUUGAAAAAUUAAAAACAACUAUGAAUAAUAAUGAAGAAACUUUUAUAAAACAGAUAAAAGAUAUUAAAGCUAGAAUUCAUAAAUCUACAGGAAAAUCUAGUCAUACUGCAAUAUCUUUUUUUACAAUUAUAAAAAUAAUUAAUUUUAUUUUAAGUUAUGCUAAUAAAUGGGAACUUCCAUCACCAGAACAAAAAAUAAUUGAAUGGAAUAAGCAUAUUGAAGCUGCAAAUAAUGAACGUAAAUAUUAUAAAAAAUUACUAAAAGAAAGCUCCAAACUCAUUGAAGAAAAUUAUCAGAGAACAACUCCAAAUCUGGCAAAGGAAUUACCAGGAAAAGCUCCAAACCCAAUGAAGAAACUAGAAAAUAAACUGAAUUUGAGUAAGUUUCAUGGUAGAAAACUAUUAGAAAACAGCUCCAAAGAAAAUUAUGAAAGAAAAGCUCCUAACCUGACACAGAAAAUUAUAAAAUAA